UUGGUUUUUUUCUACAUAAUAAAUGUACAUAUGUAUAUAAUUUGAAACAUUAAUAAUCAAAAUAGAAAUAAUAAGAAAAUUUUCGGUGAAAACAUUGCACUUAAAAAUAAUUUUUAAAAAUUUAUAUUUUUUAAGGAUAAUAUUGUCAAAUAAAAAAGACAACAAUAUGGCACCUAAUAACAGUCUUGGAAGUACUUAUUUAUUAGCGGAAGCUAAAGUAGAGAAAGUACAUUCAAAAAAUGGUGGAGAACGGAUUUCAACUGAAGUAAAUAAUAAUAUACCAUUAGAUACAGAUGUUCAAUGUUCUACACUACAACAUGGAAAUCAAAAAGAAAACUCAAAUUUAAAAAUAUUUAAAUCGAAGGAAGAUUUAGCUGUUAAGGAUGAAACGAAAACAAAAACUGGAUAUUUUGAACAAGAUCUUGUUUGGAUAAAUAUUAUUGCAUUUGCUAUUUUACAUACUGGGGCAUUGUAUGGGCUUUAUAUAAUUUUUACAGAACAAUUAUAUAAGCUUUAUAUUUACAGUCACAUUGUUGGGUAUUUUAGUAGUGUUGGAGUGACAGCAGGUGCUCAUAGAUUAUGGGCACAUAAAGCUUAUAAAGCAAAAUGGCCAUUACGUUUAAUAUUGAUGAUUCUUCAAACGGUUGCAUUCCAAAAUUGUAUACAUGAAUGGGUUAGAGAUCAUCGUGUACAUCAUAAAUUCUGUGAUACAACAGCAGAUCCACAUAAUUCAAAACGUGGCUUCUUUUUCUCUCAUAUGGGUUGGUUAUUAAUGAAAAAACAUCCCGAUGUUAAGGAAAAAGGUAAAACAAUAGAUAUGAGUGAUAUAGAAGCCGAUCCAAUUGCAAUGUUCCAGAAAAAAUAUUACUUUUAUAUGAUGCCGUUCUUAUCUUUUGUUUUACCAGCGGUAAUACCAUGGUAUUUCUUUGGUUAUGAAUUCCGUCAAACAUUCUUUGUCUCUUCAAUACUCCGUUAUAUAUUUUCAUUACAUUUGACAUGGUUUGUUAACAGUGCUGCUCAUUUAUGGGGUUUCAAACCGUACGAUAAAUCAAUUAAUCCAUCUGAUAAUAGAUUUGUUAUUGCAAUUGCUAAUGGUGAAGGAUACCACAAUUAUCAUCAUGUAUUUCCAUGGGAUUAUAAAGCAGCAGAAUUAGGCAGUUACUUUUUCAAUUAUACUAAAGUUUUUAUAGAUAAUUUUGCCAAAAUUGGUUGGGCAUAUGAUCUAAAAACAGUUUCAGAUGAUAUGAUACGCAAACGUAUUUUACGGACAGGUGAUGGAUCUCAUAAAGUUUCCGGUCAACAAAAGAAAAUUGAUGAACUAAUAAGACAAUUAGAUCACGAAAAGGAAGAAAAUUUAGUAUGGGGUUGGGAUGAUAAAGAUAUGACAGAAGAAGAUCGAAAAGAAGCAACAAUUAUCAAUUAUGUUCAUGUUAAAUGUAAUUAAAAUUAAAGGGUUUUUGGGUAUAGUUUAAUUUUUUUUUAAACUAAUUUACAUUCAAAUCAUUCAGAAUUUAGUAUAUAUAUAUAUAUAUUAAGUAAAAUAUUAAUUCGGUAAUGUAUAGGAUAUAUUUAUGUACAUUGUAUAUAUAAAUUAUAAAGAAAUUUUUGUGAAAUUUUUCGAUAAUUGCCAAAAAAACAAAACAAAAAAUGAAGAAAUAUUGAGUAUAAAAUGGAGAGUUUUUUUUUUCGUAAAUUAUUUUAAAAAUUCACCCUUGUAUGUAAAUUAUUUUGUGAAUAUUUCAUCAAUUAAAAUUAUUUAAAAAAAAAGAACAGGCACAAUGUUUAUACAACAAAGGAAAUAUUUAAAAUGAGUUAAGAAAUAGUCAUAAUAUAUUUUUUCAGAAGAAAAAAAUAAGUUUAAAUGUGAGUUUUCUUAAAUUUAUUUUUAAGUUUAAAAUCUUACAAUAUUAUGUAUGAUGCAAGUUUUACAAAAAAAUAUAUUAAAAAUAAAUUUUUUAAAGUAAAUUUUUUGUAAAAGUGCAUUUUAUUAUUUUUUAUCAGAUUUUCAAUUAAAUAUACUUAAUAUAUUUUAAAAAUAUAAAUUUAUUUUACUUACAUAAUAAUAUAGAAAAUUUGAUUUAAACCUUAAUAUAAAUAAAAUAUUGUUAGAUGGAAUGAGUUAAAAAUAAAAAAUAUUUUUUUUUAUUUUA